CAAAAAUGCCUGCCUAUCACUCCCAAUUCAACGAUGUAACAGAAGUAGAAACAAUUGGUGGAAUGGCAUUAUUGCCGAUUAAAUCGGAUAAAAGAUAUAUUAGAGCACCAUCUAUCGAGUAUGAUAUAGUUGAUGAAGCGUUAGAUCUUUUCAGAGCCAAUUGUUUUUUUCGUAAUUUUGAGGUUAAAGGAAAUGCGGAUCGAGUAUUAAUCUAUUUAAUAUUAGUGAUCUCUGAUUACUUAAGUCAGCUACUAAUAAAAAAUCCAACACAAAAAGAGGCAGUAAAAUUUUUAAAUAAUCGAGCAGUAGAUAAUGAAUUGGAAACUAUUCCUGGCGAAGUAACAUUUCCAUUAAGAGUUUAUUGUUCUUCACCAGCUAACAGAAAUGAAAUGGCUAAUAGAUUAAUUGAUAGAGUAUAUGUUGAUGGAAAAUUGUCUAAAUGGUGGAUGAGUUUUGCAAAAAGAAAAUUUAUGGGUUUAACAUUUAAGAAGUGA